UGAAAGGCUACUCACCUGAGUUUAAAAUCAAGCGCAUGAGUCGUUCUCCCCGCAAGUAUUCAAUUUGUGUAGUGGCAGUGAACGAGGAGGUUGCCUUCCAAAUCUGAGCAUCAUUCGAGUCACUCGCAAAGUUUGCUGCGCUCUGGUGAUCCUGAUUUCUCUGAAAACUAUGGGGACCUUACGCGAUCUCCAAUACGCAUUACAGGAGAAGAUUGAGGAGUUGCGACAACGAGACGCACUUAUUGACGAACUGGAGCUGGAAUUAGAUCAAAAGGACGAAUUGAUUCAAAAGCUUCAGAAUGAACUGGAUAAAUACCGAUCCGUAAUCAAACCGGCGACGCAACAAGUCCACAAGGCAAGCGCACUACAGGAGCAGCACAGGACCAAGAGACAGGCGAUAUCAGGAGAGCCCACCGCCUUUGACAUUCAUGAACUCAGUCAUGUCACUCUUCCAUUCUACCCCAAGAGCCCACAGUCCAAGGGCUUAAUCAAGGAGGCCAUUCUUGACAACGACUUCAUGAAGAACCUUGAGCUUUCUCAGAUCCAAGAGAUCGUUGACUGCAUGUACCCAGUUGAAUAUGCCACAGACAGCUGCAUCAUCAAAGAAGGGGAUGUGGGCUCAUUGGUGUAUGUGAUGGAAGAUGGGAAGGUGGAGGUGACCAAGGAGAGCAUGAAGCUGUGCACCAUGGGACCUGGGAAGGUGUUUGGAGAGCUGGCCAUCCUUUACAACUGCACCAGGACGGCCACCGUCAAGAGUAAACGCGGUAGACAAUUUGUUUAAGUCUCCCUCCCAGAUACUGAUGACAGCCUCUGAAUAAUUUUCUGUGCUUUCGAUGGUUACUUUCCUGCUUUUGUCAAGUACAAAGAGAGAGAACUUGAGCUCACACACACAGAAUAACAUCUAUAUCCUGAGGAAAUACUCUUUCUACCAUUUCCCUGUGAUGAAUCAUUGAAUAAUGAAUGGGUACCUGGAAUUCCUGGUACCUGGUACCUGGAAUGGGUACCUGGAAUUCCUGUUGGGCUAUUGCUUUUAACAAAAUGUAUUUUGACAUAUAUAUGUACAGUCAGAUUGGUAUGUAAACAUGACCGAAAGCAUUAUCUUAUCAUGGCCAUAUAGUUCCUUAAUAUAAUGGUAAGAGUAGCAGCUGUUGCUGAAUAAAUAUCUGAUUUGGCUAUUUCAUGCACAGCAUCCAUUUAAAUUGUUUUCAUAUAUCCCAAUAGAGUUUUCAGGGAAGGCUUAGAGCAUAGCAAAUACACCCACUCAAACACUCCCACAUAUCAAUUUAGGUCUGUGUUAACCACACAACCCACCCUCAUGCACGGACACAGACAAUCGUCACACAGAUUAUUAUUCUAGAAUUAUUAUUUCAAUGUUUUCGUACAUUGUUCGUGCUUUCGAGAGUAAAUAUGAUUUUAUUGUGUUAAUAGGUUAAUGAGUCAGUCUACAUCCCCAAA